AUGACGGUGGGUCGUGCUAUUGGUUGGAGGGUUAGUUUUGGAGAGCUGUGUCUGCGGAAAAUGUUUGGAAGUGUGUAUACGGAACAUUUGAAGGGAAGGAAGGUGCUGCUUGAGAUGCCCACUGGUUUCGCAGUCUUCCUUGUUAAGGAUUAUGCUUUUGAACAAGACAAGAAUAUCUCGGUGCACUUCUCGGAUCUAGAAUGCACAAUUCAGGCACUUGUUGCCUUGGGCUUCAAAAAAGUUGAUAACAUAUCUGCUGCUCAGAAUAGUGAUGCUGGUCCUGGAAAGGACCUGGUUGACAAAACUUUCAUAACCAAAUUUGGUUUCCUGUGCUACUUUGACAUGAAUCUAGAGGGUUUUCCAAAGGAAUUGUCGAGGUCAUUUGAUGAGUAUGUUGGGAUUGGUGACACUAUUAAAAAUGGCUUGGACUAUGCGAAAGUGCUUGCAAUGGUACUUGUUCCUGAGUUGGUGAAAGAAUAUGAUUUCUCUGAGACAUUUUCUUCUGAUUUGGCAUCAAAGUUGCAUCAGGCUCAACUGUUUCAAGCUAAUCAUGAAGAUGACCUUACUAUGCAUGACCUGGCAAAGAUAAUGGGAUACCUUGAUUACCUCCUGUAUGUUCCUGAGCUGAGAGACAAGAUUCUUAUGGAUGUGAAGCUUAUGGAAGCGACACUUCUCAAAUCUCUCAUCUCACAUCCAAGGGUUGAUGUAGGGGAACUUGUAGAUUUCAAUAAAAUGGAGUUCAGGAGGGUGCUGCUUGAGACUCCCUCAGGUUUUGCUAUAUUUAAUGUUCAUGAAGAUGUGUUUAGUUAUCUUGAUGAUAUCUGGGCUUAUUUUACCGAUAUACUUGAUGCACGCAAAAUUGUCUUUGCCAUUGGUUUUGUAAGUGUUGAUGAAAAAUCUGUUACUCGUAAUAGUGAUAUUGGCCCUGGUGACAUACUGGAACAGAUCAUUCUUAGAUUCUGCAAUGCUAAAAGGGAAUUGGUUGUUCAAGACACACAACUUAAAGCUGUUAACGAAUCAAAACUUUUUCUCAGGAUGUCAAAUGCUGGACAGGUGACCAAGUGUGGAAGAGGUUAUUUGGGGACUAAAGUAUGUCAUGCCUCAUUUUAUAUCCGAGGAAAGGAAUAA